AUGGCCCCCCGCUGGGCGCACUUCUCCGCCUCGAAGCGCACAAAACCGACGGUGGCCGACGGGGCAGAUUUCGACCGUACAGGGUAUGAGGUUUUGAAAAGCCUGCCUCCUCGGGAUCGCAAGAACGCCAGAUACAUCGUCGAGAAAUUAAAGGAGAGCGAACUGAACAUCUUUUUAUCUUCGGUGAAUAACCUGCAUGCUUGCGAUCAAUACCGCUCCCUGAAGGAGGGAUUAAAAACACAUCGCGAAAGGACCUCGGAGAAGAAGAAUCCGUCAUCAUCCCCGCCUUGGAUCACACCCUCGGAGCCUCGUGCUUCUAAGAAGCUCAGGAGCAGAAAACGAAUCAUUCUGUCCCCUCGGUGGAUCGAUGACCAAAAACUCUACAAAAAACACAAUCCCAAGCAUGUCCACAAACACAACUUCAACGAAUUCAACAAUCACCUCUUCAAUACUAAGCACAACAACAAACACCUCGACAAACACUUCCACCCCGAGCACGUCCACAAACAGCUCAACGACAAACACAUCCACCCCAAGCACAUCCACAAACAGCUCGACAACAAACACUUCCACCCCGAGCACGUCCACAAACAACUCGACGACAGACACUUCCACCCCGAGCACGUCCACAAACAACUCGACGACAGACACUUCCACCCUGAGCACGUCUACAAACAGCUCGACGGCAAACACUUCCACCCCGAGCACGUCCACAAACAACUCGACGGCAAACACUUCCACCCCGAGCACGUCCACAAACAGCUCGACGACAAACACUUCCACCCCGAGCACGUCCACAAACAGCUCGACGACAAACACUUCGACAGAGAUUACAUCCACAAACAACUCGACAACAAACACGUCCACCCCAAACACGUCCACAAACAGCUCGACGGCAAACACUUCCACCCCGAGUACGUCCACAAACGGCUCGACGACAAACACUUCCACCCCGAGCACGUCCACAAACAACUCAACAACAAACACUUCCACCCCAAACACGUCCACAAACAGCUCGACGACAAACACUUCCACCCUGAGCACGUCCAUAAACAGCUCCACGACAAACACUUCCACCCCGAGUUCUUCUACAAACAGCUCGACGACAAACACUUCCACCCCGAGCACGUCCACAAACAACUCAACGACAAACACUUCAACCCCGAGCACGUCCUCAAACAACUCAACAACAAACACGUCCACCCCAAACACGUCCACAAACAGCUCGACGACAGACACUUCCACCCCGAGCACGUCCACAAACAGCUCGACGACAAACACUUCCACCCCGAGCACGUCCACAAACAACUCAACGACAAACACUUCAACCCCGAGCACGUCCUCAAACAACUCGACAACAAACACGUCCACCCCAAACACGUCCACAAACAGCUCGACGACAAACACUUCCACCCCGAGCACGUCCACAAACAGCUCGACGACGAACACUUCCACCCCGAGCACGUCCACAAACAGCUCGACGACAGACACUUCCACCCCGAGCACGUCCACAAACAGCUCGACGACAAACACUUCCACCCCGAGCACGUCUACAAACAGUUCGACGACAAACACUUCCACCCCGAGCACGUCCACAAACAACUCAAUGACAAACACUUCAACCCCGAGCACGUCCAUAAACAGCUCGACGACAAACACUUCCACCCCAAACACGUCCACAAACAGCUCAACGACAAACACUUCCACCCCGAGCACGUCCUCAAACAACUCGACAACAAACACGUCCACCCCAAACACGUCCACAAACAGCUCGACGACAAACACUUCCACCCCGAGCACGUCCACAAACAACUCAACGACAAACACUUCAACCCCGAGCACGUCCUCAAACAGCUCGACAACAAACACUUCCACCUUGAGCACGUCCACAAACAACUCAACGACAAACACUUCAACCCCGAGCACGUCCUCAAACAGCUCGACGACAAACACUUCCACCCUGAGCACGUCCACAAACAGUUCGACGACAAACACUUCCACCCCGAGUACGUCCACAAACAGCUCGACGACAAACACUUCCACCCCGAGCACGUCCACAAACAGCUCGACGACAAACACUUCCACCCCGAGCACGUCCACAAACAGCUCGACGACAAACACUUCCACCCUGAGCACGUCCACAAACAGCUCGACGACAAACACUUCCACCCCGAGCACAUCCACAAACAGCUCGACGACAAACACUUCCACCCCGAGCACGUCCACAAACGGCUCGAUGACAAACACAUCCACCCCGAGCACGUCCACAAACAGCUCGACGACGAACACUUCAACCCCGAGCACGUCCACAAACAGCUCGACGACAAACACUUCCACCCCAAUCACGAACACAAACAGCUCGACGACAAACACUUCCACCCCGAGCACGUCCACAAACAGCUCGACGACAAACACUUCCACCCCAAUCACGAACACAAACAGCUCGACGACAAACACUUCCACCCUGAGCACGUCCACAAACAGCUCGACGACAAACACUUCCACCCCGAGCACGUCCACAAACAGCUCGACGACAAACACUUCCACCCCGAGCACGUCCACAAACAGCUCGACGACAAACACUUCCACCCCAAUCACGAACACAAACAGUUCGACGACAAACACUUCCACCCCGAGCACGUCCACAAACAGCUUGACGACAAACACUUCCACCCCAAUCACGAACACAAACAGCUCGACGACAAACACUUCCACCCCGAGCACGUCCACAAACAGCUCGACGACAAACACUUCCACCCCGAUCACGAACACAAACAGCUCCACGACAAACACUUCAACCCUGAGCACAUCCACAAACAGCUCCACGACAAACACUUCAACCCUGAGCACAUCCACAAACAACUCGACGACAAACACUUCAACCCCAAACACGUCCACAAACAGCUCCACGACAAACACUUCCACCCCGAGCACGUCCUCAAACAGCUCAAUGACAAACACUUCCACCCCGAGCACGUCCACAAACAGCUCAACAACAGACACUUCCACCCCGAGCACGUCCACAAACAGCUCGACGACAAACACUUCCACCCCGAGCAUGAUCACAAACAGCUCGACGACAAACACUUCCACCCCGAGCACGUCCACAAACAGCUCAACAACAGACACUUCCACCCCGAGCACGUCCACAAACAGCUCGAUGACAAACACUUCCACCCUGAGCACGUCCACAAACAGCUCGACGACAAACACUUCCACCCCGAGCACGUCCACAAACAGCUCGACGACCAACACUUCCACCCCGAGUACGUCCACAAACAGCUCGACGACAAACACUUCCACCCCAAACACGUCCACAAACAGCUCGACGACAAACACUUCCACGCCAAGCACGUCCACAAACAGCUCGACGACAAACACUUCCACCCCGAGCACGUCCACGAACAGCUUGACGACAAACACUUCCACCCCGAGCACGUCCACAAACAGCUCGACGACAAACACUUCGACAGAGACUACGUCCACAAACAACUCGACGACAAACACUUCCACGCCAAGCACGUCCACAAACAGCUCGACGACAAACACUUCCACCACGAGUACGUCCACAAACAACUCGAUGACAAACACUUCCACCCUGAGCACGUCCACAAACAGCUCGACGACAAACACUUCCACCCCGAGCACGUCCACAAACAGCUCGACGACCAACACUUCCACCCCGAGUACGUCCACAAACAGCUCGAUGACAAACACUUCCACCCCAAACACGUCCACAAACAGCUCGACGACAAACACUUCCACGCCAAGCACGUCCACAAACAGCUCGACGACAAACACUUCCACCCCGAGCACAUCCACAAACAGCUCCACGACAAACACUUCCACCCCGAGUACUUCUACAAACAGCUCGACGACAGACACAUCCACCCCAAACACGUCCACAAACAACUCGACGACCAACACGUCCACCCCAAACACGUCCACAAACAACUCGACGACCAACACGUCCACCCCAAACACGUCCACAAACAGCUCGACGACAAACACUUCCACCCCGAGUACGUCCACAAACAGCUCGACGACAAACACUUCCACCCCAAACACGUCUACAAACAGCUCGACGACAAACACUUCCACCCCGAGCACGUCCUCAAACAACUCGAUGACAAACACUUCCACCCCGAGCACGUCCACAAACAACUCGACAACAAACACGUCCACCCCAAACACGUCCACAAACAGCUCGACGACAAACACUUCCACCCCGAGCACGUCCUCAAACAACUCGAUGACAAACACUUCCACCCCGAGCACGUCCACAAACAGCUCGACGACAAACACUUCCACCCCAAACACGUCCACAAACAGCUCGACGACAGACACUUCCACCCCAAACACGUCCGCAAACAGCUCGACGACAAACACUUCCACCCCAAACACGUCCACAAACAGCUCGACGACAAACACUUCCACCCCGAGCACGUCUACAAACAGCUCGACGACAAACACUUCCACCCCGAGCACGUCCACAAACAGCUCGACGACAAACACUUCCACCCCGAGCACGUCCACAAACAGCUCGACGACAAACACUUCCACCCCAAACACGUCCACAAACAGCUCGACGACAAACACUUCCACCCCGAGCACUUCUACAAACAGCUCGACAACAAACACUUCCACCCCGAGCACGUCCACAAACAGCUCGACGACAAACACUUCCACCCCGAGCACGUCCACAAACAGCUCGACGACAAACACUUCCACCCCGAGCACAUCCACAAACAGCUCGACGACAAACACUUCCACCCCGAGCACGUCCACAAACAACUCGACGACAAACACUUCAACCCCGAGCACAUCCACAAACAGCUCGACGACAAACACUUCCACCCCGAGCACGUCCACAAACAGCUCGACGACAAACACUUCCACCCCGAGCACGUCCACAAACAACUCGACGACAAACACUUCAACCCCGAGCACAUCCACAAACAGCUCGACGACAAACACUUCCACCCCGAGCACGUCCACAAACAACUCGACGACAAACACUUCCACCCCGAGCACGUCCACAAACAGCUCGACGACAAACACUUCCACCCCGAGCACGUCCACAAACAGCUCGACGACAAACACUUCCACCCCGAGCACGUCCACAAACAGCUCGACGACAAACACUUCCACCCCGAGCACGUCCACAAACAGCUCGACGACAAACACUUCCACCCCGAGCACGUCCACAAACAGCUCGACGACAAACACUUCCACCCCGAGCACGUCCACAAACAGCUCGACGACAAACACUUCCACCCCAAACACGUCCACAAACAGCUCGACGACAAACACUUCCACCCCGAGCACGUCCUCAAACAACUCGACAACAAACACGUCCACCCCAAACACGUCCACAAACAGCUCGACGACAAACACUUCCACCCCAAACACGUCCACAAACAGCUCGAUGACAAACACUUCCACCCCGAGCACGUCCACAAACAGCUCGAUGACAAACACUUCCACGCCGAGCACGUCCACAAACAGCUCGACAACAAACACUUCGACAGAGAUUACAUCCACAAACAACUCGACAACAAACACUUCCACCCCGAGUACGUCCACAAACAGCUCGACGACAAACACUUCCACCCCGAGCACGUCCACAAACAGCUCGACGACAAACACUUCCACCCCGAGUACGUCCACAAACAGCUCGACGACAAACACUUCCACCCCGAGUACGUCCACAAACAGCUCGACGACAAACACUUCCAGUAAUUCAACACCACCAGUGAUUGCCAGCUCAGUCUCCAUGAUUUGCAUGUCUCUUCUUUCACUUCUACUUUCUCUUGCAUUGCCUUUCUAGCUCUAGACCUGAUCAGAAAACAUUAAUAAUAAUAAUUUAUAAGUUAAAGAGAAUAUAGGGGAAAUGUUUCAUUAUUGUAAAUGAAGAUAUCUUUACAUAUUAAUAUUAUGAAUUGAAAUGCAAGACUUAAUGAGGGUUCUGAUUAGCCUGAAAAUUUCUCCACAUUCUAACAGUCCUGCAAAGAUUUUCUUUCAUUUAUAUUUAAAUAUAUUUGAUUUUUUUAAACAAUUGUGCAUUUAAUAGUAUAAUUAAUAUUGUACUAUACAUUACAGUUUCUAAACACUGGACAGAAGAUUAAUUGACAUAUUGCUAAAGAUUGUUUCCUAAAUAUAAACACUGAUUAAAAAGAACAUGUCAGAUAAUCUGUGCUUCUGAUCUAUUUUUGUUUAAGUUAUCCUAAUUGAAUUAAUUGAAGUGUUAAAAUGAGUCUGAAAAUCUAGCAAGAAGUAAUAUAUACAAAAUGUCAGCAGGGAAAAUACAUUAUUGCCUUUUUCAGAUCUUUUAGAGAGCCUUUCAAUCCUAGUGUAAUCUACAGAGCCACACCUUCAAACUGGUCCUGCAAGAUAGGAUAAGAUAGUAUGGAUAUAAUAUGGACUGUCAGAAAAGAAUUGCGGUACAGUGUAAAGAAGGUGAGGAAGGCGGGCUCAAUUGUAGGCUCAGAACUGGACAGCCUGACAUCAGUGGCAGAGAGGAGGACGCUGAGCAGGCUCCUGUCCAUCAUGGACAAUCCACUGCAUCCACUGUACAGCAUCAUCUCCAGACAGAGAAGCAGCUUCAGUGACCGGUUGGUGUCACUGCCCUGCUCCACUGACAGACUGAGGAGGUCGUUCCUCCCCCAUGCUAUGCGACUCUUUAAUUCUACACGGGGUGGGAGGAGUCAGUGCUGACACUACUCUCUCUCUGUACUGGACUGUACAAUAAAACACACACUACACACAAUACACUCCGGUUUAUACAGAACUCUCACUACACUCCGGUUUAUACAGAACUCUCACUACACUCCGGUUUAUACGGAACUCUCACUACACUCCGGUUUAUACGG